AUGCACAUUCUUUGUACUCCAACCGUCUGGACGUGCAUCGCGCAAUUACCCAACUUGAAAGCAGUCCACUCACCAUUAUUCCAGGGGAGAUUCAACAACUAUGCAUUCGAUUCCUCGGCCUGGCAUGGUAUCGGACCCCCCACAUUAGACACUCCAUUCCCAUCUCUUCGCGCUAUCGAGAUGGCAGUCCCGUCUCAGUUAGCAGCCAUCGUCCUGGGGUAUUAUCCCUUAGAUGGCGUACGUUCUCUCGGACUGCUACUGAUUGACUAUAAGUACAAUCCACCAACAGAGCAGUCGCUAAUCCAAAUAGUCACAACGUGCAAAUGCUUGCAUCGAUUACUCCUCAUCACCCCUCAUUUCAGGCUCCCUGUACUGAAAUUGCCUCUGUCUCCUGAGCUCACUCAUUUGGUGGUCUGCACUGACGGCGUUGAGACGAUUGACAAUGCCGACUUGAUGUAUAUAUGCUCUAAGAUGCCCAACCUUGAAGUUUUGGAUUUAAUCCCGACACAAGUCUGUAGAAAUCAUCCUCCGGGCCUAACGCUGGAAGUCAUACGAUCGAUCGCAGGGAUAUGCCCUCGUCUUGAGCGCGCUUCGUUGUACAUUGAUAUGGACAUCUCGGGUAUCCAAUUUUCCUUCGAUGACCCUCCUUUUCCUUUGAAUCAUCCACUUUCCACUCUAUACUUUACGCCAUCCCAGGUCCUGAACCGUACUGAGGUGGCAAUGUAUUUGUGCACUUUGUUUCAGGACCCUCAACGUGCACCGGCGAUUAAGGCACCGAAAGUUAGUUUCCGUCAACAGCUCGGAUGCUGGGAUGGGCCACAUUUCCAUUCCACUGAGCAGAAUCCUGAGGAGGAAUGGAAGUGCGUUGGGGAGAUUAUGGAUACGCUUAGAAGGCACGCCAUCGCUUCUUUCCAGACUCGAUUGGCACAGAACGAUGCAGAAUUGAAGGCAUUACGGGAGAAACUCCGAUUAUAUACCGCCGUGGAGCACCUAAUGAAGGGACUUCCUGGCGUUUGA